AUGGAACUCUCUUGGAAUGGUCUACUCAAGCAGCAUCCGCCGCCAGUCAUCGAAUUCUGGGGAACACUACUUAUCCAGCUCGUCUUCUUUUGGCUACCUUCCCUCUUUUACCUUGCCCUUGACCAUGUUGUACCCAACCUCUCCCAGCGUCACAAGCUACAGCCCCGAACCAAGCAGCCAACGCCGGCGGAAUUGAAGGACUGUCUGAAGGUGGUCUUCAGAAAUCAACUUUUCUCUGCAUUGAUUCAUAUCUCCCUACUCUCACUGGGUGGCCUUGCUGAUGGAAAACCAACUUACCGUUUCGACGCAAGCUUGCCUCCUCUCGAUCAAGUCAUCCUCGAUGCCUUUGCUUGUGUCUUCCUCCGCGAGGUCCUCUUCUAUUACGCCCAUCGUAUUCUACAUCUUCCGUCAGUAUACCCCAAGAUCCACAAGGUCCAUCAUCGCUUUACAGCACCUGUGGCAUUGGCGGCACAAUACGCACAUCCAAUUGAGCACUUCUUCGCCAACAGCCUGCCCGUAUCGAUUCCUCCAAUGAUAUUGCAUUGCCAUGUAGUGAGUUUCUGGGUAUUCCUAGCGGUGGAGUUGCUGGAAACCACCACGGCGCAUAGUGGAUACGAUUUUCUGAGUGGCAUUGCGAAAAUGCAUGAUGAGCAUCAUGAGAAGUUUCUAAUCAAAUUUGGAACCAUUGGACUCUUGGACUGGAUACAUGGGACGGACGGACGGGCAAGGCAGGAGAAGGUUGCUUGA